UUGACAUUGAACAAAUACAAGCAGCAUGAAAUCCGUCAGAGUCGUUGUGCUGAUUGGCAUUUUAAUUGCCACUGUAAUCGCCGCCCCUUUAGUAGACGAAGAUAUAAGUGAUGACCACAUUCGAGUAAAGAGAUUAACCUGCGAGGUCCUUGGUUCCGUCAACGUAGCAAAUGUUCAACUUAACGAUGCACCCUGCUAUCUCAAAUGUAAAUUGAAAAACAGACCUGGUGGAUAUUGCGAUUCUACAAAAAAGUGUCGAUGUAGAUAGAUUAUAAAUAUUUUUAAUAAUAUAUAUUUGGCUACUUAUUUAUAUAGAUUAAUACACAAAAUAUUAUUGUGUCUUAAAUUUUUUUUUGUUGAUGUAUUGUAAUAAAUGAAUUA